AUACAAGUGUAGAAGAACUACGCAGCGAAGAAGCAGCAGCAAGUUGGACGUAUAAAUCAACGAGAACAAAGGCAAGAUCACAUCACAAGAGGAGCUUAGCUAGAUAGCUAAGAUUGAUCGAUCCGCGAUGGUGCCCGAGGCGAAGAUGGAGAAGGCGACGAGCGACGGGGAGGUGGUGCUGGGCGGCCCCGGAGACGAGGAGGAGGAGGAGGAGGACGUGGUGCUGCCGGGGUACCGGUUCCACCCCACCGACGAGGAGCUGGUCACCUUCUACCUCCGGCGGAAGGUGGCCAGGAAGUCGCUCAGGAUCGAGGUCAUCCGGGAGAUGGACAUCUACAAGCACGACCCAUGGGAUCUCCCCAAGGCGAGCACGGUUGGUGGUGAGAAAGAGUGGUACUUCUUCUGCCUGAGAGGAAGGAAGUACCGGAACAGCAUCCGGCCUAACCGGGUCACCGGCUCCGGCUUCUGGAAGGCCACCGGCAUCGACCGGCCGAUCUACUCCCCAGCCGCCGCCGGCUCCGGCUCCGGCUCCGGCGUGUCCAUCGGGCUGAAGAAGUCCCUCGUCUACUACCGCGGCAGCGCCGGCAAGGGCACCAAGACCGAUUGGAUGAUGCACGAGUUCCGCCUCCCGCCGGCCGCCGCCGCUCCGGCCGCCAACGCCUCCCCGAGCAUGCAGGAAGCCGAGGUGUGGACCAUUUGCCGGAUCUUCAGGAGGACCAUCACCUACCGGAAGCAGCAGCAGCAGCCGUGGAGGCCGGCGCCGGCGAUGUCCGCCGCCGACUCCAGCUCCAACACGGGGAGCUUCGGGUCGUCGGAGGUCGGCGACGAGUACAUGAACUGCCUGCAGGCUCCGGCACCCGCCGCCCCAUGCAUCCCCCAGCAGCAGUACGUCAACCAGAUGGACGCAGUAAACGGCAACAACUUCUUCUACAGGGACACCGUGCACCACCAGCAGUUCCAGGGGCAAUGGAACGCUGCACCCGCCGCGCCGGCGCCGGAGGAGAAGCCACAUGAUACACUGUCGACGGCCGCCUCCUUCCACCAGAAUGACCAUAGCCACGCCGUCGCCGCCAACGAGUUCUACAAGGUGGAGGGGUACUUGGAGGAGAUCGCCAGGAUGAUGGAGGUCACCGACACCGCAGGGUUUUACGACUACAGAUCAUACGGCUGAUCGGCAGGGAACUGAGGGCCGAGCUCCAUACGUCUUCGGAGUUGUUUCAGGGUAGACAUACAUAAUUCGCCGACACGCUAGAACUGACGCUGUCAAGUGAGGAUCUGACAUGUAGGGCCCGCACCACAGAGUGCUGAGGCCUGGUCAGAAGAGCUUCGCUAUGAUCUGAUCUAAUUGAUGUGUAAAUCACGUGUGUCUGUGAUACAUAAUUUGAGUUUUGUGUGUAACAUAGUAAUAGUGCCAUAUGAAUAUUUGCCCCAGGCGUCUGUUUAAUUGAGCCAGUCAUGUGUGAUCAUUUUUGUACCUUGUUCUGGUCACUCAGAUAUGCACAAGUAACUUGAUGUUGCUGAUUGGACAG